AUGAUCGUCAUUAGUCGUGGAACGGACAGCCUCAUGAGUGCUGCUUUACGAUGUAUCUCGGAUUGGUGGGUUGGUGGUGGUGCGCCCAGUCGCAAACUCAAAUAUUUCCGAGACCAACCGUUAGGACAUCCUGGCGUCACCGAUCAACACCUUUUACUGUGGUACUUCGAAGAUUGGCUCAAGAAAUAUUUCUUCUCCAUCCUGCAGAUACUCGAGACCCUUUCACUCGAUCCGCUCCCAUAUGUGCGGACGCAAUCCAUUACCUUACUUUGCACUUUGCUGCGGGAAAAACCCGAACAAGAACAGAAUCUGCUGCGCCUUCUCGUCAAUAAACUAGGAGACACCGAGAAGUCUAUAUGUUCUCGAGCAUCCUACCUCAUCCUUCAAUUACUGCAAACCCAUCCAGCCAUGAAGCUCAUUGUUGUCCGGGAGAUCGUUGCUCUCGUUCUGCGCCCUUCUGCUUCCCGCCCACCGACCUCAUCGGCCCCGACUCCCAAACACAUCCGAUUCACGGACGAUGACAAGCCGAAGUCGAAAGCAAAGCCAGAGGAGAAAAAAGUGGCCGGAAAUGCACAUGCACGAUAUUACGCGACCAUCACGUUCAACCAGAUUGUACUUGCUCCUGGAGACCGAGAGGUUGCUUUGCAGCUGAUCGACGUAUAUUUUGUGCUGUUCAAGGAACUUCUGGGCGAAGGAAAUUCCGAUGAAGACGAGAAUAAGGAGGAUGACAAGCACGAGAAAGACGAGGGAGAAACUGUAUCGGCGGACAAGGCUGGACGAAUCCGGGACAAAAAGAAAGGGAAAGGGAAGGGAAAAGGCAAAGUUGUGGAGACUCGUGGAGCAGCAGGUUUCGCAGAAGUAGAGGAUGCACACUCGAAACUCAUCUCGGCCAUUCUGACGGGCGUCAACCGGGCCUUGCCAUAUGCUAAGAUCGUGGCCAGUGAUGCUGGGAUAAACAAGCACAUCGACACCUUGUUCUUGAUAACCCAUACCUCGACCUUCAACAUCUCCCUCCAAGCGCUGGUUUUGAUCCAACAAAUCUCCGCUUCUCUUUCCGCUUCCGCGCCAUCUACAGCUUCAUCAUCGUCUGCCCCAACAUCGAAAUCUAUAACUGAUCGCUACUACCGAACGCUCUACUCCUCUCUACAUGACUCGCGUUUGGCUUCGUCUUCAAAGCAGGCAAUGUAUCUCAACCUGCUAUUCAAGUCCAUCAAGGCAGACGCUGACAACAUCGACCGAGUCAAAGCUAUGAUCCGUCGGUUUGUUCAAGUGCUGGUUAGUGGAGGUAACGGUGCGACUGAGUUUGUCGCAGGCGGACUAUUCCUUCUCGGAGAACUUUUUAGUAGUAUACCUGGGCUACGCGGUAUGCUUAGUGGUGCUAGUCAAGAGGGCGAAGAAUACGAUGCUCGCAAACGCGAUCCCCAAUACGCUCAUGCAUCUGCUUCUCCCUUAUGGGAACUCGUGAGCGCUGCAUACGAAGUCAUUUUUGUCGGUGGGUGGCGGAAAUCGCGGAACUGUAAGCCUUUUGGCGCUGAGACGAUUGGAGAAUGUGUGUAA